UGUUUAUUAUAUGACUAACAUGACUGUUUGCACACGUUGCAUAAACACAACAAGGAAAUUCUUGAGUUUAGGGAAAGUGAAACUUUGGGCUGUUGUUUGUUUCGUCUUUCUUUCUGUGAGUACAUACGGUGAAAUGGCAGAAGCCAGUAUUUCAGUGGUUCAGGAUCAGUUCAUCUGUUCAAUCUGUCUGGAUCUACUGAAGGAUCCAGUGACCAUUCCCUGUGGACACAGUUACUGUAUGAGCUGUAUUACAGACUACUGGAAUCAAGAUGAUCAGAAGAGAAACUACAGCUGCCCUCAGUGCAGACAGACCUUCACUACAAGACCUGUUUUAUAUAAAAAUGUUGUGAUUACUGAGAUGGUGAAGAAACUGAAGAAGACAAAACUCCAGACCGAUCGACCUUCUCCCAGUUAUGCUGAAGCUGGAGAUGUGAAGUGUGACGUCUGUACUGAGAGAAAACACAAAGCUGUCAAGUCCUGUCUGGUGUGUCUGAACUCUUACUGUCAAAAUCAUCUUGAACAACAUGAGAAUUCAUUCAAAUGCAAGAGACACAACCUGAUAGAUGCCACUGGACGACUUCAGCAGAUGAUCUGCCCUCAACAUGAGAAACCUUUAGAGAUUUACUGUAAAACUGAUCAGCUCUGUAUAUGUUAUCUGUGUAUGGUGGGGAAGCACAAAAAUCACAACACUAUGCCAGCUAAAGAAGAGAGGAGUAAGAAACAGAAACAACUGAAGGAAACACAGAGAAAAUACCAGCAGAGAAUCCAGGAGAGCCAGAAGAAGCUUCAGGAGCUGAGAGAUGCAGUGAAGACUCAUAAGCGCUCUGCAAAGACAGCACUGUACGACAUUAAGAGGAUUUUUACUCAACUGAUCCGAUCCAUUGAGAGAAGACGAUCUGAGGUGACACAGCUGAUCAGAGAUCAGGAAAAUGCUGCAGUGAGUCGAGCUGAAGGACUCUUGAAGCGACUGGAGCAGGAGAUUGAUGAUCUGAGGAGGAGAGACGCUGAGCUGGAGCAGCUUUCACACACAGAUGAUCACAUCCAUUUCCUCCAGAGUUUUCAGUCUCUCUCUGUUCCUCCUGGAUCUUCAGACUCACUCAGCAUCACUGUCAGCUCUCUCAUCUCUUCUGAUGAUGUAGGAAAAUCUGUGUCUCAUCUGAGAGAGAAACUGAAAGAUUUCUGUAGAGAAGAGAUAGAAAAGAUAUUUGACAAAGUUACUCCUGAACCUGAGACCAGGGAGCAGUUCCUAAAAUAUUAUCAUCACUUCACUGCAGAUCCAAACACAGCAAAUGAUCUUCUCUGUCUGUCCGAGGGGAACAGAGCCAUUACUUUCACCUACACAGACCAGAUGUAUCCUCAUCAUCCAGACAGAUUUGAUCGUUGGUUUCAGGUGUUGUGUAGUGAGAGUGUGAGUGGACGCUGUUACUGGGAGGUUGAGUGGAGAGGUGAAGUGAAUAUAUCAGUGUCAUAUAAGAGCAUCAGCAGGAAGGGAUGGGAUAAUGAGUGUUUGUUUGGACGUAAUGAUCAGUCCUGGAGUUUGUGGUGCUGUGAAAAUAAAUGUUCAUUCAUGCACAAUAACAUUGAGACUAAACUCCCUGUAGUGUCCAGAUCUUCUAGAAUAGGAGUUUAUGUGAAUCGCAGUUCAGGAUCUCUGUCCUUCUACAGCGUCUCUGACACAAUGACCCUCAUCCACAGAGUCAACACCACAUUCACUGAACCUCUCUAUCCUGGGUUUGAAGUCUAUCAUAGAUCAGUGAAACUGUGUGAUUUAACAAUAUAAAUGAUACAGAGAGUCUACAAAUAAUUUUGUCAUAUUAGAAGUCUAAAUGAUGAAUCAACAACAAAGAAAUAAUACGUUUUUAAUUUACUAAUCAGCAAUUUUAAAUAACUGAUUGUAAUGUUAUAUUUUAAUAAUUGUAUUUUGUCCUGUCAAUGACUAUUCACAGUUAAUAUUAUUCAUCUACAGCCGUGUAUUGUUUUAUGUGUACAAACCACUAUAAAUAAAAUGUUAUGCAAGCCACUAAAAUGUAUCGGUCUGAAUUCGAAAGUAAUCUCAAUUCACAUUUCACAUUUAAUUUUUGGCAUUUAAAACAUUUCUAACAAUAUGUUUAAAGACCAUCACUAAAGAUCAUUAAUGUCUGAAUUGCACAUUAUUUAAAGGGGGGGUUCAAUUUCAAGCAUUCUGACUUAUUAACACAGUUAAAGAGUUGUUUCCUCAUACUAAACGUAGGUGAAGUGUCAAAAAAG